AUGACAUCGUUAUAUAAUUUCAAAAAGAUCGAGCCAGUGCCUACAGCUUCUGACUUUAUUGAUAUCAUUUUAUCAAAGACUCAAAGAAAGACACCAACUGUUAUUCAUAAAAACUACAACAUUGGUCGUAUCAGACAGUUUUAUAUGCGCAAAGUCAAGUUCACUCAAGAGAACUUUGAAGAAAAGUUUAAGCACAUAUUAGAAGAAUUUCCCAAGCUUGAGGAUAUUCAUCCCUUUUAUGCUGACCUCAUGAACGUCCUUUACGACAAAGAUCAUUAUAAGCUUGCCUUGGGUCAAAUCAACACAGCCCGUCAUCUGAUUGAUCAAGUCGCCAAGGACUAUGUCCGUUUACUCAAAUUUGGUGACUCACUUUACAGAUGUAAGCAAUUGAAGAAGGCAGCCUUGGGUAGAAUGGCUACUGUCAUGAAACGUCAAAAGGACAGUUUAGCCUAUUUAGAACAAGUUCGUCAGCACUUGUCUCGUCUGCCUUCAAUUGAUCCCAACACUCGUACUCUCUUGAUCUGUGGUUACCCUAAUGUCGGUAAAUCUUCCUUUAUCAACAAAAUUACCCGUGCCGAUGUAGAUGUACAGCCCUAUGCCUUUACAACAAAAUCACUUUUCGUCGGUCACAUGGAUUACAAGUACAUGCGAUGGCAAGUCAUUGAUACACCUGGUAUUCUGGAUCACCCUUUGGAAGAAAGAAAUACAAUUGAAAUGCAAUCUAUUACUGCCAUGGCUCACUUGAGAUCCUGUAUCAUGUACUUUAUGGAUCUGUCAGAACAAUGUGGUUACAGUGUAGAGGAUCAAGUCAAACUGUUCCAUAAUAUCAAGCCUCUGUUUGCCAAUAAGCCUAUUGUCUUGGUCAUCAACAAGAUUGACCAAAUGAAGCCUGAAGAUCUUCCUGAAGAACAAAGAAAAUGGAUUGAAGAUAUUGCUAAUGAAGAGAACGCUACGGUCUUGACCAUGUCUUGCUAUAAUGAAGAAGGUGUCAUGAACGUGCGAAAUAUUUCUUGUGAUAAAUUGUUAGCAGCCCGUGUAGAAAUGAAGAUGAAGAGUAACAAGAUGAAUGAUGUGAUUAACAAGAUUCACUUGGCUAUACCUCAACAAAGAGACAAUGUUGCUCGCUUGCCUAAUAUUCCUGCUGAGGUCACAUCAAGAGCCAAAUAUGAUCCUAAUGACCCUAACCGUCGUCAACUCGAAAAGGACCUUGAAGUAGAAAAUGGUGGUGCAGGUGUGUAUAAUGUUGAUCUGAAGAAGAAAUAUCUCUUGAAGGAGGAUGACUGGAAGUAUGACGUUAUUCCUGAAUUCCUUGACGGACACAAUGUGGCAGACUUUAUUGAUCCUGAAAUUGAGGAGAAAUUGGAAGCCUUGGAGAGAGAAGAAGAAAGAUUGGAACAGGAAGGAUUCUAUCAGUCAGAUGAUGACAUGUUGGACGAUGACGAAGAGGCUUACAAGGCUGCUGCAGAUGCUAUUCGUGAAAAGAAGAAGUUGAUAGUACAAGCUCAUCGUGCAGCUCAUGGUAGAAAUAGACCCGUGUUACCCAAGCCAACAGCAGCCAAGUUUAGUACUGUGAGUGAAAUGAAUGAGAAAUUGGCUCAGAUGGGUAUCGACAGUGCAGAUGCUACAGAGCGUGUGCGUGAAGCAGCUGCUCAUCGUAAGCGUACACGUGAAGAAGCUCUUCCUGAUGAAGCUGUUAAGGAGGCUACGGCAGAUGAACGUGCUGAAUCGGAAAACCUUGCUCUUAGCCAACAAGGUUUCCGUAAUGUCAAACAAAAGAUGGAAGCAGAUAAACAAAAGAAGAACAGUCAGAAACAAAAUAACAAGAUGGGUAAGCGUGGUGAAUCAGAUAGAUCAAUUCAAACCAAGAUGCCCAAACACUUGUUCAGUGGUAAAUUAUCUGCUGGUACACGAGAUCGCCGAUAA